UUUUUUUUAUGGUGUUACUCGUCGUCCAUCCAUUCCUGCUACGAUGUCUACUGUUUUUUAAUUGGACAAGGAGGGAUUUCUUUUACAGUACUCCUAUUUUCCCCAUCCGCCAUAAUUGGUGAACCAGGACAUGCGUGUGACGAAAGAGGGCGAGGGCUCCUGCGAAUAUCAGACGGGCUACAAAAAUAAGCAAAAAAUAAAGGGAGAUACAGAACACGAUAAUUUUUCACAGUAUCAUCUCACUGUUUUCAUUCUGUCGUGGCUUUUGUUUUUCUAUUUUAGGUUGGCAUUUAGCUCAGCAACAGGCACGGAAGGGAUUAGAGAACACGGAAUCAAGCGCACAGCUUUUGCUUGGAUUUUUAUUUUAUUUUUCUUGGACUGCCGUGUCACUGUUUCUCAGUGGCGGCUAUCUUGAAUAGCCUGCAGUUACAGUUACCCUUCAUAUUACUGUCCAUGUGAUGUUGGUAAGCUACGUAGAUCAGUAGGCAGAGAUAAUGGGACAGCCUUGGUUAUGCCAGGCUGCCAACUUAUAAU